CUCUCUCUCCUUCGGAUUCUCUGAGAGGCUCUACAUCUCUGCAUCUCUCUGGUCGCCGAAGUGCGAAGACGCCGGAGAGUAGUUCAAACAGCGAGGAUCCCUUAAAACACUGGGAAUACUAUUUUGAGGCUUGUUAUUCGUUGAGCAUUACACAUACAAGAAGAUGUCUUCUCGUUUCUGGGUUCAGAGUGGAAAUGACACUGAGGAAGAGGAAGAGAGUGAUUAUGAAUCUGAUGUUGAGGCCGGUGGUGGAACUGGUGACAACGCUGGUGCAGCUGCUGGAAACAGAUACUUGGAGGGCAAUGCAAUUGAUUCUGAUGAUUCUGAUGGCCAAAAGCGUGUUGUCCGAUCUGCCAAGGACAAACGCUUUGAGGAGAUGUCAGCCACUGUCGAUCAGAUGAAGAAUGCCAUGAAAAUCAAUGACUGGGUAAGCCUUCAAGAGAGCUUUGAGAAGAUGAACAAGCAGCUGGAAAAGGUUAUCCGGGUCACGGAAUCUGAGAAGGCUCCUACACUUUAUAUCAAAGCACUUGUAAUGUUAGAAGACUUCUUGAGUGAGGCUUUAGCGAAUAAGGAUGCAAAGAAGAAGAUGAGUGCUAGCAAUGCAAAGGCCUUGAACUCCAUGAAGCAGAAACUUAAGAAGAACAAUAAGCAAUAUGAAGACCUGAUUAAUAAGUACAGAGAAAAACCUGAGAGCGAAGAUGAAGGGGAGCCUGAUGAUCAGUCAGCAGAUGAAGAUGAUUCUGAAACAGAGUUUGAGGAGGACCCAUCCAACAUGCCUAUUGUUUCAGAUUCUGGGGAUGAAGAUGAGGAUGAAGAUGAAGAUGGAACCAACCAAGCUGAGGGUGAUGGGGUUUGGGAAAAGAAGAUGAGUAAGAAAGAUAAACUUAUGGACAAGCAAUUCAUGAAGGACCCUAGUGAGAUCACUUGGGAUGUGGUUAAUAAGAAACUCAAAGAGAUUGUGGCUGCAAGGGGUCGGAAGGGAACUGGAAGGGUUGAGCAGGUUGAGCAGCUCACAUUUUUGACAAAGGUUGCCAAGACACCUGCGCAGAAGCUUGAGAUACUCUUCAGUGUUGUUUCUGCUCAAUUUGAUGUGAACCCAAGCCUUAGUGGGCACAUGCCCAUUAAUGUGUGGAAGAAAUGUGUGCAGAACAUGCUUGUCAUACUUGAUAUCCUUGAUCAGUAUCCCAACAUUGUGGUGGAUGACACAGUGGAGCCUGAUGAGAAUGAGACACAGAAGGGAACUGACUAUAAGGGCACAAUUCGGGUUUGGGGAAACUUGGUUGCUUUCCUCGACCGAAUGGAUGCAGAGUUCUUCAAGAGCUUGCAAUGUAUUGAUCCACACACUAAAGAGUAUGUUGAAAGGCUUAGGGAUGAGCCUCUGUUUUCAGUUCUUGCGCAAAAUGUUCAAAUCUAUUUGGAAAGGAUUGGGGAUUUCAAGUCCGCUGCAAAGGUAGCAUUGAAGCGUGUAGAGCUUAUCUAUUAUAAGCCUCAAGAGGUUUAUGAUGCAAUGAGAAAAUUGGCUGAACAGACAGAAGGUGGAGAGAAUGGCGAAGGGGAUGCUGAGGAGGAGCAUCCAGUGGUCGAAGAAAGCAGGGGUCGACCUGCAUUUGUUGCUACUCCUGAACUUGUGCCUAGAAGACCCACUUUUCCGGAGAAUAGCAGGACAUUGAUGGAUAUACUUGUUUCCCACAUAUACAAGUACGGGGAUGAGAGGACCAAAGCUCGUGCAAUGCUCUGUGAUAUAUACCACCAUGCUAUUUUGGAUGAGUUUGCUACUUCACGUGACCUAUUGUUAAUGAGUCACUUGCAGGAUGGUGUCCAGCAUAUGGACAUUUCAACUCAGAUUCUUUUUAACAGGGCUAUGGCACAACUUGGUCUUUGUGCAUUCAGAGUCGGACUGAUCUCUGAAGCACAUGGUUGCCUUUCCGAACUCUACAUGGGUGGAAGGGUAAAGGAGUUGCUCGCUCAGGGUGUCUCACAAAGUCGGUAUCAUGAGAAGACUCCAGAACAGGAAAAGCUUGAGAGGAGGAGGCAGAUGCCGUAUCACAUGCAUAUAAAUCUUGAGCUUUUAGAGGCUGUCCAUCUGGUAUGUGCCAUGCUUAUUGAGGUACCUAACAUAGCAGCCAACACUCACGAUGCCAAGCGCAAGGUCAUAAGUAAAACAUUCCGAAGGCUGCUUGAAGUGAGUGAGAGGCAGACUUUCACAGGUCCCCCUGAAAAUGUCAGGGAUCAUGUCAUGGCUGCUACUAGGGCCCUGAGCAAGGGAGAUUUUCAAAAGGCCUUUGUUGUCAUCUCGUCUCUUGAUGUCUGGAAGCUCCUUAAGAACCGGGAGAAUGUUCUUGACAUGCUCAAGACCAAGAUUAAAGAAGAGGCCCUGAGGACCUACUUGUUCGCUUAUUCCUCCUCGUAUGAAUCUCUGAGCUUGGACCAGCUCACCACAAUAUUUGAUCUCUCAGAAAGUCAUGUACACAGUCUUGCGAGCAAGAUGAUGAUCAUGGAAGAGCUCCAUGCUAGCUGGGACCAGCCAACCCGGUGCAUUGUCUUCCACAAUGUUGAGCACACAAGGUUGCAGGCCCUGGCAUUCCAGUUUACGGAGAAGCUCUCAAUCCUCGCUGAGAGCAAUGAGAGGGCUCUUGAGGCAAGGACAGGUGGAGGUCUGGAUGGGCUACCCCCAAGGCGUAGAGAGGGCCAGGACUAUGCUGGUGCUACUACAGGUAAGUGGCAGGAGAACUUUUCCCACGGAAGGCAAGGAAGCUCGCGCACAGGAUAUGCUGGGAGACUGCCAACAUCCAGUCAGGCUUCUGCAAGUGGUUUUACGAGGGGGGAUCGUGGAGGUCAGUUGCGAGGAGGGGGUGGUUAUUCCUCAGGCUACCAGAGCACACGUUAUCAAGAUGCAUAUGGAGGAGGGGUCGGGAGGUCUCCUUACCAGACAGGUUCAGCAGUACGAGGAACACAGAUGGAUAAUUCUGCACGCAUGGUCAGUCUCAACAGGGCUGGUCGCGUAUAGUGAGUAACAUAGGAC